AUCUCUACUGGACCCCGUGUACGGCACACUGCAUUGAUUUAAUGCUCGAGGAGAUAGGCUAGAGGGAUUCUGUCAGGAAAACCAUCUAGGAUGCGAGGAAAGUGACAAACUUUAUAUACAAUCACUCAUGGUUGUUGGCUGCAAUGUGUGAGUGUUGUGGAGGGGACAUUGUUAGACCAGGCGCAACACGAUUCGCCACGAACUUCAUUGCACUUGACAGCUUAUACAGGCAUCGUGUGGAUCUCAGAAAUUUGUUCAGAUCCGAGAGAUACAUGGAGUGGAAUCAGAGGAAGACUGACGGUGCAAGGACUUGUUCGAAUAUAGUGCUUUCCGAUUCCUUCUGGGAUAAAGUUCACAACGUCGUUUCCUUCCUGCAUCCGAUGUAUAAGGUCCUACGAGCCGUAGAUAAUGAGACGUGGCCUUCGAUGGGGUCAAUGUAUGAGCUUAUGAGAAUUAUGAGACAUGGGAUAAUGACUGCAAUCCCCACUUCGUAUCAGUGGGUGAUUGAUAUCAUCGAUCGUCGAUGGACUGGGACUCUCGAGCAUCCACUCCACCAAGCUGCAUACUACCUGAAUCCCAAAUUUCAUUAUAAACGUCGGCUCCAUGAGAAUCAAGAUUUGACGAUGAUUGUCCACGAGGCGUUCGAACGAUUGUUCCCAGAAUCAACAACGCAAGCAGAUUUCGGUAACCAGUUGUUGCGGUUUAGGGAUGUGAGGGGUACGUUCUCAUCCACACUAGCAAAAGCAUCGACUGAAACGAUGAUGCCGUGUGAGUGGUGGGCGAUGUACGGAGUCGACACGCCAGCACUGCAGUUAUUGGCAGUUCGUGUUCUCGCACAGACUGUAUCCUCCUCACCGUGUGAGAGGAAUUGGAGCACAUGGUCACUCAUACACACCAGCAAAAGGAACAUACUAGCAUAUGAGAAGCUGCAGAAGCUCGUUUACUGCCAUUACAAUAUGAAGUUAAGAGAGAGGCAGUUGCGGGUAGACCGAGACAUGGAGGAAAAUCAAGACCCGUUAGACCUAUUGUCUAUAGGUAACAUGGCACAUAUAGGUGAUGAUGAUGAGGACCCACUUUAUGAGUGGGUCAAAUCAGCUGAUUUAGAUGAUGCGGAGGGAGGCCCUGCCCCACAGGUAGCCGAGGGAGCAGCGGCUCUGGGUAUCGAUGUCGAUCAGGUAGUAGAGGAACAAAAAGCGGAUACAGACUCCUUUGAUCCUUUGGUGAGGAGUUUGGCACGUUCCAAUCAGGGUGAGGAAGCAUCUUCACGGCCCCCUCCUCAUCAUCAAGUCGUAGUGAGUGAUGAUGAUGAUGAGACUCAACCCCCACUUGACACUGGUCCUGGGGAUGACGACGACGAUGAUGACGGUGAUGAGGAAGGGGACGGAGGCACCGACACUAGUAUAGGUGGUACUAGUGGGGGUGGGGGUGGCAGUGGUGGGGGGUACAAGACAGCUCAGAGCCAACGAUCCGUUGGCCAGUUCACUGAGGAGCAGAGCUUUGACCAUGCCACUCAGGACGAGGAUCAUGGAUCUCGUCCACCAUCCAGGGCGAGAGCAUCAAAGCCCAGAUAUAUGUUCGAGCGUCGUUCAAAGAAGAAAGCCGGACGUGCCGCGGCUGAUGCUCUCACACGCAGCUUGUCAUCUAUGGACAUAAGUUCAGAUCAGGAGAGCUCCACCUCUGUCCCAUCUUAUGCUUAUGGAGGAUAUCACGGGUAUGGCCAUGACAGCUCUGACAUUCAGUCACGCUCAUCUACCCAUGGGUACAGGCAGUUAGAAGAUAGUUAUUCAAGUCAUGACCCUUUAACAGGAGGAUAUUCGGGGUACCCAUAUGACUGGCAGCAAUACUAUCAAGGAGUCGGGGUUGGACUUGAUCUAUUCCCUCAGUACCCUGCUCAGGAAAUGUCGUCGAUGUAUGUUACGCAAUUCCCACGUCUAGGCGUACUCGUACAGUUUGGGAAGGAUGACUAUCAGAGGUACAUAAGAGAGUUCCUCAAUUGGUACGAGUAAAGGAUGACCUGAGAACAGUACUGUCAAUUUGUUGGGCAGCAGUACUACUCUCAACUGCCACGGGAUCUGGACAAUGAUUACGAGCCACCUCGUCACUCUAUGUGGGGAUGAAACAUGGCCAGAAAUGUGUAUUUUUUUUCAAUUCAUUUACUUUUGCAUGCCUUAAUUGUUGUAAGCUUGCAUUUGUAUUAUAUAAACUAAUUUUGGUUAC